CUUUGACGCACAAACGUUAACCCUGAGGCUCCCGGAGGUGGCUGCCAGGGCUCUCGCUGCUGGCCUGGCUGCAGCGCUUGUUCUGCAGCCAAAUGGCCGAGGAGGAGAAUCUCUGAGAAGGGUCAAGGGAGUCAAGCAGGUUCUGUCCUGGGUAAGGGGAAGAUCCUUCCCAGACUAGAAGCUGGAGACAGAGGCCAGCCCCUGGUCCUACUGACCCAAGCUUAACAAGGGCCAAAGACCAGACCUAAAAGGCCAGAAUACGAAGUGCUUAGUAAUGCCUGAUAUGGGGACCACACUUUACAGUGACUAAUGUGCCUGUAAUUAAUCAUCUUUCAGGCAAGCCCAUCAGGCAGGUGGGGCAAAUAGUAUUUCUCACUUAGUAAAGAUGAGACCACCAAGACCCAAGGAGGUUUGCAAAGCUGGAUACUGAUGGUAUCCAUCUGAUGAUAGUAGCAUUUGAAUCCAGAUCUUCUGACCUAAUCAGUGACCUUUCCAUGAUACUACAGAUAGCGAUGGUGUGGGCAGGUGUACGUGUAAUAAGAGCACUCUUUAGAGAUGGGACAGAACUUGGGGAAAGAAACGCAAGGUUAGAGUGAGAAAAGGUUUGAGCUAGAGCCAGUCGCAGCUCGGGCACGAGGUAGACGUCCAGCCACAGUCUCAAUGCUGAGUGUUCCCGGGAUCCAGCCAUUCCCAGAUCCUUCAAGCCAAGCCAUGUGUUCCAGGGGGAUUCAGUCCGUUGUCGGGAUUACCUGAGAGCAUCCUCAGAAUAAGGGCAGAGCAUCCCCAGAAGCUUCAACUCUGGAGGCGAUGGGUCGGAAGGAAGAAGAUGACUGCAGCUCCUGGAAGAAACAGACCACCAACAUCCGGAAAACAUUCAUCUUCAUGGAAGUGCUGGGCUCAGGAGCUUUCUCAGAAGUUUUCCUGGUGAAGCAAAGGGUAACUGGAAAGCUCUUUGCCCUGAAGUGCAUCAAAAAGUCACCUGCCUUCCGGGACAGCAGCCUGGAGAAUGAGAUCGCUGUGUUGAAAAAGAUCAAGCAUGAAAACAUUGUGACCCUGGAGGACAUCUAUGAAAGCAGCACUCACUACUACCUGGUCAUGCAGCUUGUUUCUGGUGGGGAGCUCUUUGACCGGAUUCUGGAACGGGGUGUCUACACAGAGAAGGAUGCCAGCCUGGUGAUCCGGCAGGUCUUGUCGGCAGUGAAAUACCUCCACGAGAAUGGCAUCGUCCACAGAGACUUAAAGCCUGAAAACCUGCUUUACCUCACCCCUGAAGAGAAUUCUAAGAUUAUGAUCACAGACUUUGGUCUCUCCAAGAUGGAACAGAGUGGUGUCAUGUCCACUGCCUGUGGGACCCCAGGCUAUGUCGCUCCAGAAGUGUUGGCCCAGAAGCCCUACAGCAAGGCUGUGGAUUGCUGGUCCAUCGGCGUCAUCACUUACAUAUUGCUGUGUGGGUAUCCCCCUUUCUAUGAAGAAACUGAGUCUAAGCUUUUUGAGAAGAUCAAGGAGGGCUACUACGAGUUUGAGUCUCCAUUCUGGGAUGACAUUUCUGAGUCAGCCAAGGAUUUUAUUUGUCACUUGCUGGAGAAGGACCCGAAUGAGCGGUACACCUGUGAGAAGGCCUUGAGGCACCCCUGGAUUAACGGAAACACAGCCCUCCACCGGGACAUCUACCCAUCAGUCAGCCUCCAGAUCCAGAAGAACUUCGCCAAGAGCAAGUGGAGGCAAGCCUUCAAUGCGGCGGCCGUGGUGCACCACAUGAGGAAGCUGCACAUGAACCAGCACAGCCCGGGGGUCCGCCCGGAGGUGGGGAACAGGCAGCCCAGCCUGCCAGCCUCCGAAGCCUUGAGGCCCAGCUCCCCGGAGAUCACCGUCACCGCGGCACCUGCCCUGGACCAGAGCGUGGGGCUCCCCGCCCUGCCCCGCCUGCCCUGCCAGCACGGCCCCCGGCCCGCUGCCCCAGGGGGCAGGUCCCUCAACUGCCUGGUCAAUGGCUCGCUCCGCAUCAGCAGCAGCCUGGUGCCCAUGCAGCAGGGGCCCCUGGCCAUCGGGCCCUGUGGCUGCUGUUCCAGCUGCCUGAGCAUCGGGACCAAAGGGAAGUCCUCCUACUGCUCCGAGCCCACACUCCUCAAAAAGGCCAACAAAAAACAGAACUUCAAAUCAGAGGUCAUGGUGCCAGUGAAAGCAGGCGGCAGCUCCCACUGCCGGGUGGGGCAGGCCGGAGUCUGUCUCAUUAUGUGAUCCCCGGCACCCAUGCCUGUGUCACCGCAAUUUUCAGGAGAGAUGCUCAGCUCCGCCAUUCCAAACCUGGAGUCUACCCUGCAGCGGGAGGAAGGGGGAGCAAGCCAAGCAGGGGCUGAUCAGAAGCAGCAGACCCUCACUGACAGCCGGAGAGUGAGCGCCCCGCAGCGGCGUGGCGGCCUCGCUGAAGCUGUGGGCAGGAGGAGCGGCAUCCCAGCUCCCAGGUCCCCCUGGCCUGCCGGCUCUGUGCCCCCUCCCCUACGUGCUGUGGCUCUGUGCAGUGUGUCUAGGUAGCUCUUGCCCAGAUCUGUGUCGUUUGUCGUGAAAAGCUUAAUGGGCUGGCCAGGCUGUGUCACCUUCUCCGAGCAAAGCCAUACAGAGCAUCUAUCUACCCAGACUCCCCGCUCAGUGCACCUCCCUCCUGACUCUCCGGCCUCUGACCCCAUGGCCAGAGUGACCUGCCCACCUGCAUGAAGGCCAGGCAGCUUCGUGGUCUGCCUAUGAGCUCUCCAAGUUCAAAUCCCAACUCCAGGAUGAGCUCCCAACCCGGCCAGCCUUCUCCCACACACUGCUGACCCGCCUCCCUCCCUGCCCCCAUCCAAGAUGAAAAGAAAGGAAACCCACGACGACGAGGUCCCGUAAGGAAUGGUUAUCCUGGCCAGAUGCCCUCCACGCACACACUCAGUGAAGGGACAAUGGGAAGCCGACUGUUCAUUUCAGCCAGUAAUUCUAAUCCUGCUUCCACUCCCUGUUCUCCCUGAAAAUCAGGCACAUGGUUCUUGUCUUUCCCCAGUUUUCUUGCCCAAACCCCUGCUCCCUCCACCUUCAUGCUUAGUGUUGUGCUGAAUAAA